AUCCCCAAACUGUUCCCACAAAGUUGUGAGCAUGAAAUUGUCCAAAAUGUCUUGCUAUUGACAGUUAGCAACUUCUGUGCACUGUGUGCUGCAACAUGCGCUGACCCCGCUCUGUCAUUUUCCGUGGCCUACCACUUCGUGGCUGAGUUGCUGUUGUUCCCAGUUGCUUCCACUUUGUUAUAAUACCACUAACAGUUGACUGUACAAUAUUUAGUAGCAAGGAAAUUUCAUGGAUGGACUUAUUGCACAGGUGGCAACCUAUCACGGUAGAACGCCUUAAUUCAUUGAGCUCCUGAGAGCGAUCCAU